AUGAAAAGGCUUCCAGUGAAAUCACUGGUUCAGUUCAGAUGCGUCUCAAAAGCAUGGAAGUCUUUGAUCGACAGCUCUGAGUUUAUUGCUGCUCACAGCCUCUUCCGCCACAAUCAGCAGCAACAUUUGCUCAUUUCAUAUCAAGAUCCAAUAGAUAAGGAAAACUAUGUUUGUUACAUCGAUGAUGACACUUUCCCUCAACAUAGGCCUCUUCCAACUCUUCCUCUCUAUACAACUAAGAUGGUUGUUCUCUGGAAUCCUUCGAUUAGAAUAUCGAUUGUUGUUAUUGUGCUUAACAACGAUAUUGUUGGUUUUGGGGUUUGUCCGGUUACUAAUGACCCUAAGAUCGUAUCAAUUACACAAUCUUCGGAUGACCCAAAUAUCGGAACAGGUUACCGUUGUAAAGUUAUGGUUUACACUUUGAGCACUGGGAAAUGGAGAAGUCUAUCCAACAAUCUGCCCACUGAAUCAAUUCAAGAUCCACGGUCUCUAGUAGUUACUGAUAUGUUUAUCUAUUGGCAUGUCGGAUUGACUCGUAAUAUGAUUAUGUCAUUUGAUGUCACUAAUGAGAAAUUUGAAGUGAUAGAGCUUCCGGAUAGUUUAGCUAUCCGUCAUCCCAUGCGCAUGUAUUGUUCUAAGCUAUGUGAGUCUCUUGCCAUGCUUCAUUAUAGGGAAGACACCUGUACUGUAUGGAUGAUGGAGCAUGGUGCUCAAAGAGCGUUUACAAAGCUAUUUACCAUAAAGACACCAGAUGACUUUAUAGUGGGCUUAAGGAAGAGUGGUGUACCUAUUUUGCAAGUGACAGAUGAUGAUCCUGAUGAUAUUAAUGCACGUUAUAAACUUGCUGUUUAUGAGCCCAACUCAGAACACAACAAUGUUUUUGAGAUCUGUGGAACGACCUCGUGGUUCAAUUUGAAUUCCUAUGUGGAAACACUACUUUUGCUUGGUCGAUCCGACUGUAAUAGUUAUUGA